AUGGUGGAAGCCCCCAAUGAACUCCUCGUUUCCGCAGCUGUUGUGACGUCGACUCUGAUCCUAGGAAUUCCUGUGGCGAUCGGCACCAUCGUCCUUGAUAACUCAUACGUCCCAGACAUCGUCCUCGGUUCGAAAUCCAUCGACGCCGGUCCCUCAGGCUCGAAGACGCUCAGCUUUGGCCUGCAAACAAGCCCAGAUGAGGCCGUUCUCGCAUCUGCAUACAUAUCCAUACUCGCAUCCAUCGUCCUUGCUGUCUCCCUAAUCAUCCUUCGACACACGAAUCUCCUAGGACGCACCGCGGGAUGGGGCGCGAUAGCUUCCGCGGCAGCGAAUCUGCUAGCGCAAAUCGGAUGUAUCGCUGCGUGGGGUAUCCUGCUAAUGACGGAUGAAGCGAAGCACGCGCAGUCUGUGGAUCUUUCUUACAAUGAAAGGCUGCAGAGGUAUGAUACCCGGGGCCGCAUGUUCACCCGCGAGGCGUGGGCGUGUAGUAUGCAGGCGCUGUUCAGGGAGCGGGAAGGCGCGUGGGCGGGGAAGGCGUGUGUAAAUAUUAAGUCGGCGCGAAUGGUGACCAUUGUGACGACAUUGUUUGGCGGUGUGCUGGUAGGUGUGGCGAUUUGGCAGGUUCGGGGUAGGGGUGGAUGGGGGUGGUUGAGGGGUGGGGCGGCGAGGAGGGAGAGGGACAAGAAUAUUGCUAUGGAGGAUUAUAGGCGGUCCUGA